AUGGAAGACAUGAAAACUGGAUGCGCCAGAGUGGCAAAAGAUUGCGCUACACGCACGACACUAAGUGAAACAUGCAACCACUUUUGCAACGACGGAAAUUGCCUCCUGAUAUCCAACGCGGUAGAUGGCACCUACCAACAGUACAGGCGACGCGAUCCAAGUUUUCAUGGCCAAAAGUCCUGUCAUCAGUCAGCUGCAGCUCCUCCGUUCCCAUCCAAUGCGGGGUAG